AUGGGAGAGUUGUUCAUUAUACCCCAUCUUGGGAAAAGCCAAACCCUCAUCCGACCCUACCUACUCAACUUCUUCCUCUCUCACACCCAGGUACCUGCCCCUGAGAUGGAAAAUGGAAAGGAAUUUGGUGCAGUGUCGACCCAUCAACGCUGCACAGUAAUAAAGUCCUCAUGGGCCCCUAGGCCUCAUGCUGUUGUCUGUGAGGGGUUUAAUCUCUUGCUGCUCUCCUUGCUCCUGAACAAGGCUGUCAUCUGGGGGUUCCCAUGGCCUCGAGGGCAACCUUCCCAUGGUUUGCUGGACAUGAGGAGUGAGUUCAAGAUCAGCCUGAGGCUUGCCAGAAAGCUGCUUUCAGAGAUCCGGGGUAUUGCCCACCUCUUUGCAGAUACACACCUGGUUGGGGUGUCUUUGGACUUCCUACCCCAGAGGGAACAGCUUCCCAAUGUCACCAUGACAUUCAAGACCUGGAUCCAACUUUCAGACCCUGAUCGACUUUCCUCCCUUUCCAGACUUCUGGGCCACUUCCAGGCUCCUCUAGGAGAAAUAGAGGGUCACCAGGGCUGGAAGGGUUCCCUGAGGAAACGGCUGUGGAUCGCCCAGCUGGACCUUCGGGAUCUGCAAUCCCAUCUCCAUUUCCAGAUGAAGGCUACGGGAUACAGUCCCCCGGAAGAUAAGGAAACACGGGGUCUGGAGGAGAGGGCCUUAGGAAGACUUUCUCUUGCUGUGCAUCAAGUCUCCUGGCCUCAGCUCCUGAGCACCUACCAAGUUCUCCGAUCCCUGGAGCUAGUCCUUGCCAGAGCUGUCCGGGAUUACCUUCUGCUCUCAAAGGGAAUGGUUCACGCCCAGUCCUCGGCUACUUAAGAAGCACAGUCUGACCAAGGAGUGAUGACCCCUUUCCCUUCCCUUCCCCCCACUACUUGAAUCACCUUCCAGGAUUGUUUCCCCGCCUCCUUAUGUUUGGUUUCCAAGCUGAGGCCCAGCCCCCUGCCCUGAGCCAUUUGGGAGGGAGAGAUCUCAGAUUUCAGCCCAAGUCCCCUUCUCCUGCCAGUGGGAUCCUAUCUGGUUAGGAGACUGUAGCAUAUGCCCCUUUCAUUCUCUUCUCUCCUCACCUUCUGAGCCCAUGCCCAUCCCAUAAUUUAAGAGCCCUUCAAGUUCAGGGAAGAUAUUUAUUUCUUGGAUAUUU